AGCGUCUCCGACAAACAAUCUGAUGGCCACCACUUCGGAGAACUUAUCAAGAACGCAGGCAUCUAUGGCGUCUCACCUUGGAGAAGAUAUCAAGAAAAGCUUCCUCGAAGUUUUGGGAUCUGCGAAUCAACCGGAAAGGUUUCCAUCCAAGCAGAUCGAAAAAUUCAAAGGAUUUCCCGCGAUUUCCUUCACCCCGAAUGAGGUAAAAUCACUCUCUGCCCCUUAUGAAUACGCCUUGGUUGGUCGUUUCAACAAAUCUAGACCCCCUCUCCAUAUCAUCCGCUCCUGCUUGGAAAGAAUUGGUUUCAAAGUGAAUCUUAAAAUUGGUCUGCUUUCUCAAUCAAUUUUGUUUUUGAAUUUCAAAUGCCCAGUUGAUUAUCAACGUUGUUUCUCUAAACGGGUUUGGAAAAUCAAUGGGUCAUCGAUGAUUGUGUCCAAAUGGAGCCCUGAUUUUCAUGUGGACAUUGAGAGUCCCAUCUUUCCGAUAUGGACUUCUCUACCUCAUCUUCCUGUCCAUCUUCAAGAGGCUAGGGCUCUUUACAGUAUUGCAAAAUGCCUGGGUAACCCGAUUAUGAUGGACUCCUCUACUUCUGCAAAAAUCAGACCGUCUGUGGCUCGUUUUUGUGUUGAAAUGGAUAUUACACAAGAACUACCGAAGAAGAUAUGGAUUGAUAAUGGAGGCCAUGGUUUCUUCCAACCAGUGAGCUACGAGGACAUCCCAAAGUAUUGUAGGGAUUGCCAAAAAUCAGGGCACAUUGCCGGAAAAUGCAACAUUGCAGAUGAUGUUUUUCCUAAGAAAGAUGCUGCAACCUCAACCAAAGCCAAUAACAAGGAUCCGAAACCAAGCGGGGACAUAGGAUGUCCCAUUGUGAAAGACACAAAAACUACUGUCCAAAAUUCCAAAGCUGAUGAAGAUGUACUGGUGACACACCUUGAACAACAGGAAAUAGCCAAAGAGGAUAUGGCAGGGUGUGGGUCAGCGGCAGGAGGCACCACACCAACAACUAGAGGCCAUGACACAUCAGUCCAAAGCUCCAAGAACCGAUUUGCCACCAUUGAAAAGACUCCAAGGCAUGAGGGAUCAAGUUCAAUACAGCUUACUGCCCAGUUAGAGGUGGAAGAGACUAAAGUUGGGACUCAACAUGAAGUCGUUGAAAUCAAAGACGCAUUUACUAUGGUAGCUGAUGCAAUUGAAAUCCAUAAUGGGUAUUCUACUCCCAAUAAGGCAGCUAAAAUAUCACCUGACCCUGUGACUGCGAUUGAGGCGAAAACAGCAACCAGACAUACCUACAAGGAAAUUAUCAUCGAGGUUGAUGGUCAAUUAUUCAUCAUCGAGGUCAAGGAACAGGAUGACUUUGAAUCAAUGGCAAAACCUUUAGAGGUCACUAAAGAUGCAACUUCAGCAGGUUCUAAAGAUGAAGAACCCCAAGAGUUUGCUGCAAAUGACACAUUUGACGCAAGCCAGGAUAAUGAGGAGACAGGGAACCAAACAGAACCAGAAUUUGAUUGUGAAGAAUAUCAGUAUGAAGAGGACUUCACCCUGGUCAAAAGCAAAAAACAAAACUCUCCUCCAGAACUAACGAUUCAAACAAGAAGUGGACAACUCCAUUGUAGGGGUCAAUACUCCCAACGAGGCCGAGGACGAGGCAGGCGAGGCCGACGUCGCAACUAAGGCUAUUUCACUUCGCUUUCUUGUUAGGGGCUACGUCUCCUCCGCAUUUGGGCUGCGUCCCAUACGUUGCUCUUUCCUUUUUCCUUCUCUUCUACCACUUUUGGGUAGUUCUUUCCCCUUGUACUUGACUCUUUUGCAUGAAUAAAAACCCUUCUCUUUA